GCUGUGCGAUGUGGGGGAGACGGGUGGGUGUGGGCAGAGGGUGUUGGGGGCACUGGGUGGGUUGUGGAGCCACGCGGCGCUGUGACCCCCAGGCGGCCCAGCGGCAUCCCGGAGGCGGACGCCCGCAGCACCUUGGUGCCGUUCCUGCUGAAGCAGCGCUGCUUCCUGCGCCGGGAGCUGAGCCGCAGCCAGGAGGAGAACCGCGCGGCCGCGGCGGCGGUGCUGCAGGGCAGGGAGCGGAUCGCAGCGCUGCAGCGCAGCAUCGCGGAGCUCAGGGCGGCCUGGCAGGACCUCCCCAACCCCACUGCUGUGUGAUCCCAUGGUUCUCUGAUCUUCCAGGACCCCCCCAACCCCACUGUUGUGUGAUCCCAUGGUGCUGUGGUCUUCCAGGACCCUCAGCUUAACCGUUCUGCAGAGUUGGGCUGAGGUGGUCCUGGAAGGACGUAGAAUCAUGGAUUGGGGGGGUCGUGGAAGGCCACUGAAUCGUGGUAUCAUGGAAAGGUCACGUUGGGAAGGUUCUGGAAGACCCAAAACCAUGGAAUCACAGAACGGUUGGGCCGGGAGGGUCCUGGAAGAGCAAAGAACUCUUGACUCAUAGAAUGGUGGGACUGCGAGAGUCCUGGAAGGCCACAAAAUGGCGGCACAGUUGGGGUGGGAAGGUCCUGGAAGAGCACAGAACCACGGCAGUUGGGGGGGGGAUCCGGCACAGGAAAGGAGCGGGGCUGGGGGACGGGGUCCGGAGUGGGCAGGGGGCUGAGCAGGGGGCUGAGCACCUCCGUACAAAGUCGGGCUGCGGGAGCUGGAGAAGAGGAGGCUGGGGGUGAGCUCACUGCAGCCUGCAGCGCCUGAAGGGGAUCGGCGGCAGGAGGGGAACCGACGUUUCGCUCGGGCAGGGAGCGAUGGGGGAACGGAUCUCAGGGGAAGGAGGGAAGGUUUGGCUGGGAUGUCGGGGGAAGCUCUUCAGAGAGAGGCUGCGGGUGCCCCAUCAUCCCUGGGCCGUUCAGGACCAGCUGGGC